CAAACAAUUCAUUUUAUCAAGCCCGAUCAUCUUCAUCCAUCCAAAUCUACAUUCUGUCCAAUUUUCAGCAAUUGAUUUCGAUGAAGUCCGGUCAAAGCAGCCACUGAUGAAAUGCAAGUCGAGCAGUUGCGCUCGAGAAGGUCUGAAGCACAACGUUGUUUGCUGUCGAGAAAGCGCAAGUUAUCUGAACUCUUUUCCAUCACCGCGUACCCUCUCACGCCCAACGACCCAACAUAUAAACAAAAACUACAAGCAUUCCACGAUGCAAACGACUUAACAAGAGGGCGUUCCUUCAACGAGUCGACUCUACCACCACGAACACAUAUACUCCUCCAGUCACGCCCGUCAAAGGCUGCCCAACAAACAACCUCUUCUAUACCGAAUACUCAUAGUAUCCCGCAAACAACAGAUGACUCCGAACACGACGACCCGCUCGGGCGCGCAUUGAAGAACACAAACAAGCAUGUCUCCUCAGAACAACCAGCGCAUUUAGAUGAAGGUGUCAAUGGUGAUGGAGUGGUUGAGAGUGGACUGCUACUAACGGGUCAGGCCGAACCUGAUGCUCAGCCGAACCAUGAGUCCGUGUCUGAAGACGUGCAUAAGGUCGAAGAAAGCUCUGCUAUUCAAGCAUUGAAGGCCAACAUCGUACCGAAGCCUGUCAAGCCUCCCGCCACUCCUGUGCCAUUAGCAGAGGGUCAGGUGUCAGAAGUCAAAGCCCUGAACGCGCAAGCGGAACUCGAAGAAGGAAAUGCAGAUCCCGUACCUGGCGCUGCUGCCGCUCUCCGACAAGCACGUCGAAGCCCUCCAAUUCUCGUGCCAAAUCCUUCUAAUGUCGACCCACAAUCUUCACCAGCAUCUACAAAUGACCCAGAUUCCGCAAACACUCCCGUUUUAACGGCCGCUUCACCGGUCACAAGCCCGGGGCUGGACUUACCACCUUCGACAGAUGAACUGACUCGGGAGGGAAAGCCCAGCAAUGUCAGUCCGAUAGAGUCGGAACAAUCGCUGCAUGAUGUCAGUGGACGAGAUCAGGAGGCCAUCACAGGGCAGCGACCACCGCUCGGAGAUGUGACAAUGACUGGGACGGAAAACGCCGAAAACGAUGCUGUUGCCUCGUCGGACCAAGGCGGUCAAAGACCCACCGUACGAAUAGAUACGCAGACUGAGAUCGACUCUUAUUUCAAAGCACGUCUCAAUACUGGCAUCGUCGAGAGUCCGGCGCAAAUGACUGCUGUCGGCACACCAAAAAGAGCUCUUCCAGUCACGCCGUCUACACAGGAGCCUCCAAAACGCGCCACGCGGAUAUCGUCUGGAGUCUUGCAGAAGAAAUCCGUGUCAGAGAUCCUUGGUGAGACACCGAAAGCAACGACGCCACAAGGUGAAUCUCCUGUCUCUACACCCGAUGGCCGUGGCGAUGUACAUGACAGGCGGAGCAAAGAACGCAGUAGACUGUCUACAGUCGUAUUUGCCAAGCCCCAGAAAGUGCCCAACGAUGAGGCUACUCUUGCGUUGGAGCGGAUCGACAACCGCCAGGUUCAGAAAGCGAGCAAUGGCGAGAGAGAUUACUUAUACACUCUCUUCGAGAACAAGGCACAUUCGAUGUCAAGGCAGACGUCUAUGACAUACCUUAUUCAAAAUGCUCACAAAACAUUAUCGACGUCGGAUCAUCUUGUUGAAUAUGAGUUGGCAGCCGAAUGCAGGAUAUUGAAGCGACUAUAUCAGCUUCAAGAGAAGCAACGUUGGGCAUUGAGACAGUACAAACGUGCUGAUGAAGCACCCAGACCGACGUCGCACUGGGACUUUGUGCUCGACCAUAUGAAAUGGAUGCGGACAGACUUCAGGGAGGAACGCAAAUGGAAGCUCGCCGCAGCGAGAGACCUGGCGGAAUCCUGUGCAGAGUGGGUUGCAAGCUCUCCAAAGGAAAGAGCAAGCUUACAGGUCCGCAUUCGGGCCCCAAGAUUACUCCCCAAGCUCGACGAGUCACAGGACGUUGACAUGGAUGAUGCAGCCGGACCAAAUGCUUCUUCACAGCCGACUCCUGAGUUGAUGCCUUCAAAUGAGGAUGACUCUAUGAGUGAUGAUAUUGCAGACCCUCGCGAGGUUCGAGCCGCGAUUGCUCCGGCGGCUUUGUUUUCGCUUGGUGCGUCCGACUUCAGUUUUGCCGCCGAUCACACGCCUGCUCUGGACAAACUGCUCAACGAACUUCCUUUAUACGAACCAUCAAUCAUCGAGCCGGAUCUUUCAACGUCGAAUCUAGCGCAACGCUUAGAUGCUCAGUGGAAAACUCCCAUCGUCCCUGUAUCCAGGUGGGCUACGGAGAAACUACCAGUCAAGGACUAUAGGCCUCCUUUCAAGCGAAGUCGGUACGAAUACGAACUCGAGCCCUCAAGCAGGAAAACUUCAGACAUUCUGCCACCAGAGGAGACCAAUGUUGCCUUGUUCAUGCCCGAGAACAAGCACAUUCGUGAUCGCAUUCACCCCGGACAUUCCUUCCGGCCACCUUCCGAACAUCCCAUGCCUACGCAAGCUUUCUUUGAGACCAGAUCAUCAUCGCAAUGGACUCAUACAGAGGACGACGAGUUACGCAAGCUUGUGAAAGACUACUCUUAUAACUGGUCACUCAUUUCGAGCUGUCUUACACCUAGGGGUUCCUACACAUCCGGAGCCGACCGCAGAACACCAUGGGAAUGUUUUGAAAGAUGGAUCGGAUUGGAAGGUCUACCCGCAGAUAUGUCCAAAACUGCCUACUUCAAGACAUACUCUGGCAGAAUCGAGGCGGCCGGCAGGCAUGUCGCUGCACAGAUUGAAGAGGCUCAACGGAGGGCUGGAGCCAACGUACAAAUUCCUGCCCGCAAAAGGACGACUCAGCCAAUACGGGUUGAACGCAAGAGGACGCAACGACAUCUGGCCAUGCUUGAUGCUAUGCGCAAGCUUGCCAAGAAGCGGGAGACUGCGCUUCAGAAACAACAACACCAAGCCGACCUUGCCGCGAUGCGGAAAGUCAAUGAUGCGAAUGUGCCCAAACCGGCCUACAAAACUCCCGCGGAAUUCUCGCAGCUUAAGCAGGAGCGGGAAGCGAAGUUGGCAGAACGACAGGAGAUAUAUCGACAGCAACUCAUUGCCCAUCAACGCGCAACAGCACAACAACAACGUGGUCAGAAUCCUCCGCCGAAUGGUGUGCCAAACGGUAUGCCUCUAGGGGCACCUGGCAUGCGCGGUCCUUCAUCCGCUGGUGGCAUGCCUGGGAUCCCCAACGGGAAUCUCCAGGUGCCCAAUGGUCAUCAACGUCAUCCUGCCAUGAUGGCCAUGCAAGGAAACAUGCAACUAGCUCCUGGUAUGGUUGCGCCCAAGGGUCUGACCCCGCAGAUGCAGGCACAGAUGCAAGCUCAAAUGGUUGCACGGGGUAACGCCACAUCGCCGCACCAGAUGCGCAUGCUGCAAGAGGCGAGUCGUGUCCAACAGGAGCAGCUGAUGCGUCAAGCGCAACAAGCUCAGAAUGGCGUUCAUUCCUCCCCCAACAAUACUCAUGCGGCGCUUGCUGCAGGUAAAGGCAUGAACAAUGCUGCUUACAUGUCUGCCAUGGCCAAUGCUAACGGCGUGGGCUCCCCUUCGGCUCACAUGAAUGGCGCCUCAGCCUCACCUCGCCCUACGACCGCUAAUUCCGGUCAAGCGUUGUCGAGCGGUCAUGUGCCGGUUCUGACGCAGAUCGCGAAUAAGAUUCGCGAACAUCACCCGAACCUGUCGGAGGAAGAGGUCAAUCGGCUGGCAUCUCAGCAGAUUACCCAGUACCAGCAACAGGCCACGGCAGCCGCAGCUGGUCAUACUCAGAAACGUCCUCAACCUCACAAUCAAGCUGCUCUGAACGCUGCUAUUGGCGCCGUUAAUGCCGGCAACGCAGCGGCCGCCCAAUUUGGCCAUGCCGCCGCGGGCGGAAUGAUGACUAACGAACAAAUACAGCAAUACAAUCAGCGAAUGAGGAUGCAACAGGCCCAGCAACACGCGGUACGAGGCAUGCAGGGACAAAUGCAAUCAGGGGUCAUGGGACCGAUUCCUAAUGGGAUGAACAACUCUCCUGUGAUGAAUAUGGCCAGGCCUGUCAGCCAGCACGCGAAUCAGGGACAGAUGAGUCGGAGCGCGACGCCGAGGGACCAGCGGAGCAGCAGUCAGAGCAAUGUCAAUGGCAAUGCUUCUGGGCCGCAGAGCAGUCCUCGACCGGCGCAGCAGAGCAUGCAGACUUGAAUGCAGCUUGCCAGAAGGAGGGAAGUUUUGUAUAAAGAGAAUAUUUGACUUUGAGUUGUUUGAGUAAGGGGAGGCCGACCACGCCGUCGUCGUCAAGCGUGUCU